GAAAGGUUUGUCGAUAAGGCGGCGUGCGCGCGCGCAGCCGUCAGUGCCGCGAGCGACGCCGGCGCACCCGCCCAUCACAGUCGAGGAUCGACGGCGGUCAACGCUGAAAGCUGAGAUUCGUAACGUGUUUGGAAACUAAUAGCAAUAUUAUACAACUGAUAUGUGCCUGAACCGCCGCUGCCGGCAAGUGUUUACUAAACUGAGGUGUUGUGACAAAGGUUGCUUUUACUUUAACUUGUGCGGUUAAAUCAAGCUGUGCCGCAGUUUAUAUAGCAGUAUUGGAAAGUCAGCAAGAUGGCGAUGAAGGAGUGGCUACAAUGGCUGCCGCCGCCGCGCUCACUGCUAGCACUGCUGUUGGCAGUAGCAGGGUUCAGUGGGAGACUGUUCGCCUCACACUUCACACACUCACCCACCCUGCUCGUGGACACGUGCCACUCCCUCUGCCGGCUGGUCGGACUCGUCACUACGUUGAUCUCAUAUAAGUAUGAACGCGCGGACGAGGGCGCGGGCCGGGAAGGGCGCUUACGCAACACAUUCGGCUGGGCGCGCAUCGAGGUGGUGGGCAGACUCUCCGUGCACGUACUCUUCGCCUCCUUUGCACUGGCCCUGGUGGUGAACGCGCUGCAGCUGGGAGUGCACUCCUCGCAUGGACAGCCACCAAGAUACCCGAAAGUCAUCGUGGGCAGCGCCGUUGUAGGACUGCUUCUACAUGCCAUCAAUUACAUGCUGCUGGCUGGUCGUGAGCUGAGCUACAGUCGGCGCCUGAGUGUGACGGAGGGUGGAGGCGUGGUGUUAAAGACUGGCUCAGGAGAGCCAGUACUAGCACAUGCACCAACUGAUAUUGCUAGCAGCCUGUUCGUGAUGGGCGCCGGCCUGACCGCCGAGUGGGAGCCCGUGGCGGCACGCAUCGCCGACCCAGCGCUCUCUGCCUGCGCUGCCAUCGUGCUCGUCAUCUUCAACUAUCCAUUCAUGCGGUCUGCGGGCUUGGUGCUGCUGCAGACAGUCCCCGAAGGCCUAGGAACAUGUGAGCUCCGGGCCGCCGCGCUCCGGGUACCCGGUGUCCUGGCAAUCCAUGAGCUGCAUGUAUGGCAGAUGCACCGCGACAAGGUGGUAGCCACCGCGCACGUCGCCUACGGAUCUCACGAGGAUUACUUGAAAAGUUCCGCCCUAGUAUGUGACAUAUUCAAACGUCACGGCAUUGGUCUAGUCACACUGCAGCCUGAGUUCACACUCACGUCUUUGUUAGGUACAGACGAGGAGAAAAAGGCGUUAAUAGAUUUUGCAAACCAGGGUUGUUCUUGUCCAUGUGCCAAGGAGUGUACCGCGCCCAGAUGUUGCGAGCCCCCUCGCCAACCCACCGUUACUAGGAUUUAGUUAUGUAAAAUUGUUGAUGCACGUAUUGUAUCAAAUAUGUUUAUAUAAAAAUACUGUAUGGUAACUAAUGGAACGUCUCCAUACUUAGAAUAGAAGCCAAAGUGAAGACGCCUUACAGUUUAAACCAUAGAUUUUAGAUUUCUAUGAUUUGGACGUAAGAGACUUAUCCUAACGACGAAGUUGCUUGCUGCAAUUUAUGCUUCGGCAGUUCGAAUAUGAACUGAUAUUACCUACGUAUAAUUUCUCUUGCCGUAUUUUUAGCUAUCUUGUAAAUAAUAAUGUAAGUAACAAUUUCAAAUUGAUUCAGCCAAGUUUAGCGAAACCAAUUUCAUUUUCGUAGAAACAUGUAACGAGUCAUUUAUUUUCUGUUAUUGUAUAAGUAUACCUCAUUAUCAAAAGAAUAUGGAACUAUGAUAAACUUUAUCAAAAUUCUAAAUCAACGGUAGCUAUAGAAUAAAAUUGUGUUCCUGUUACUUACACCAUGCUAAGUUAGUUUAUAGAAAAGUAACGUUUAAAAUACAAAAAAAAAACAAACAGGGUGUGCUAAAACUAAAACAGGCUAUAUCUAAGUAUAAUAAUAUUUUAAGAAUACAACCAAAGAAGCUUGUUCGUGUGUCGCGGUAAGAGGCGAAAUUUCUAAUCGUGGUAAAUGACGGAGGCAGCCUACAACAGUGAAAGUGUAAUGAAUAAAAACAUAGUUCGCGAGACACAUUGUGAGUUGCACUCGCGGCGCGUCGCUUACACCGCCAACAUCAUACUCUAAUGACGACAGGUUAUAAAAACGAAUUGUUAAGAGCUAUUGUGGUGACGAAAGAAACCCUUUUGUUCGCGGUGAAAUUCUAUUUGAAAUCGAUUCUUUUAAUAGCGAGAGAACUGUAUUCAAACAUGAUGAUGAGUUCACAUGUGACUUGCAUACAAUUGUGGUCACGCAAAAUUUUAGAAACUAUUUUUGAUAUUUGAAGCCUGUGAUGGAUGAAAAAUAAUUACGGAAUAAAUAAAUUGUUACCGGUGUUUUAAAGCGUUUUGUUCCUGAUGUUACAGAGGUUGCAAGGUGGUGGUACAAAGCUACUGUGAUGUUCCUCUACAGUAUUAUAUUAAGGAAAGCUAGUUAGGCAAAUUACUGUAAUAAUUUAGUUACUGACAUUGUUAUCGUUCAGUAGGUAAUGAUGUUUACAAAUACCUAAUAAUAAGUAGUUCGUAAGUGUUUUGUGUACAAAGUUUUGUUGACUAUUGAUUUGAAGACAAAUAAAAACUAAUUAACUUAA